CUCUCUGGAUUUCUGAGCUUUUUUCAGUGCCUUGCAACAGGAGUGCGCGGACGACGAAGGACGGGCUAUGAAGGCUGCAAGGGGGAGCAUAUUUUUAAAUGUCAGGUAAUAUUGGAUGCGUUCCAGUUCCUGCAAACGCAGCACAGCCACCCAUGUCAUGUGCAUCAGUAUAAGGUUUGCACGGUUCGUGAUUAGCUCCAGACAGUGCGCUCGCAGCCACGGAUAGGGAGUUGGAUGGUUCGUGGCACCGUGGCAAUAAUAAUAAUUAUUGAAACAACAACAAGGAGCCGCUUUCCGAAUUUUAAAGAAAUUGAUCUUCCGAAUCUUUUAAUUUAAUAAUGGACAGGCUACAUUCUUCCAUGCGCAAAAGGCUCUACAGUUUGCCACAACACAUUGGACAGAAAGCCUCGAUCAUUGGCGAGGGAGAAGACGGCGACAAGGACACUCAAAGGAAAGGUAUCAGGAUGAAGCCCUUGCCCUCGCCGUCCUCCACGGGAAGCUGCAAAAACAUUGGAGAAACCAAAAGCGGAGACCUAGUGAUCAUGGAGACGGACAUGGGAAAACCGGUGAAGACCAGCUCGAACGGGGACUGUCGGAGGUUCAGGGGUAGUCUCUCCUCUAUCACCAGCCGGCACGUCCACGACUCGGACUCGGCCGAGCAAAGGCGCCUCAUCACGGAAGGCGACGCGAGCCCCAGUGAGGAGAGCAGCCCCGAAGCAGACGGGGCUCAAGGCGGCGCCGGUGCCCAACAGGCGCCUCAAGAUGAGCCAUCGGGCUUCGUAAAGUUGGACGGCAUCGAUCAGAUCAUGCCGGACGAUGAAAGACUGUACCAGGCGGGAUUCAUGCACAGGCAGUUUGGGGCAAUGCUGCAACCAGGAGUCAACAAGUUUUCCUUAAGGAUGUUUGGCAGUGAAAAGGCAGUGGAGAGGGAGCAGGAGCGGGUUAAAUCCGCCGGAUUUUGGAUAAUUCACCCUUACAGUGACUUCAGGUUCUACUGGGAUCUGACCAUGCUGCUGCUAAUGGUGGGAAACCUCAUCAUUAUACCUGUGGGCAUCACCUUCUUCAAGGACGAGCACACCCCGCCCUGGAUCGUCUUCAACGUCGUGUCGGACACCUUCUUCCUCGUUGACCUGGUGCUCAACUUCCGCACAGGCAUUGUGAAGGAGGACAACACCGAGAUCAUUCUGGACCCACAGCAGAUCAAAGUGAAGUACCUGCGGAGCUGGUUCGUGGUAGACUUCAUCUCCUCCAUCCCUGUGGACUACAUCUUCCUCAUUGUGGAGACACGUAUUGACUCGGACUUCUAUAAGACGGCCCGCGCGCUGAGGAUUGUCCGUUUCACUAAGAUCCUGAGUCUGCUGCGUUUGCUGCGUCUCUCCAGGCUCAUUCGCUACAUUCACCAGUGGGAGGAGAUCUUCCAUAUGACCUAUGACCUGGCCAGCGCCAUGGUGCGCAUUGUCAACCUCAUCGGCAUGAUGCUGCUGCUGUGCCACUGGGACGGCUGCCUGCAGUUCCUGGUGCCCAUGCUGCAGGACUUCCCCCCCGACUGCUGGGUCUCCAAGAACAAGAUGGUGAACGACACCUGGGGCCAGCAAUACUCCUACGCGCUCUUCAAGGCCAUGAGCCACAUGCUGUGCAUCGGCUACGGCAUGUACCCCCCCGUGGGCAUGACGGACGUCUGGCUCACCAUCCUCAGCAUGAUCGUGGGCGCCACCUGCUACGCCAUGUUUGUGGGACACGCCACGGCGCUCAUCCAGUCUCUGGACUCCUCCCGCCGUCAAUACCAGGAGAAGUACAAACAAGUGGAGCAGUACAUGUCCUUCCACAAGCUCCCAGCGGAUAUGCGACAGAGGAUCCAUGAUUACUACGAACACCGCUACCAAGGCAAGAUGUUCGACGAGGAAAGCAUCCUUGGAGAGCUCAACGAACCCCUCAGAGAGGAGAUCAUCAACUUUAAUUGCCGGAAGCUGGUAGCCUCCAUGCCGCUGUUCGCCAACGCGGAUCCCAACUUCGUGACCUCCAUGCUGACCAAGCUGCGCUUCGAGGUCUUCCAGCCUGGCGACUACAUCAUCCGCGAAGGCACCAUCGGCAAGAAGAUGUACUUCAUCCAGCACGGGGUGGUGAGCGUGCUCACCAAGGGCAACAAGGAGACCAAGCUCUCGGACGGCUCCUACUUUGGCGAGAUCUGCCUGCUGACCCGGGGCAGGAGGACGGCCAGCGUGCGGGCGGACACCUAUUGCCGGCUCUACUCGCUCUCCGUUGACAACUUCAACGAAGUUCUGGAGGAGUACCCCAUGAUGCGGCGUGCCUUCGAGACCGUGGCGUUGGACCGCCUCGACCGCAUUGGGAAGAAAAACUCCAUCUUGCAACACAAAGUGCAGCAUGACCUCAGCUCAGGAGUUCUGAACUACCAGGAGAACGAGAUCAUUCAGCAGAUCGUGCAGCACGACCGGGACAUGGCCCACACUGCCCACCUGCUGCAGGCUGCCCCGCCCCCCGUCCCGCCCUCACCCACCCCCGUCAUAUGGGCGCCGCUCAUCCAGGCGCCCCUUCAGGCAGCAGCCGCCACCACCUCCGUCGCCAUAGCUCUGACGCACCACCCCCACUUGCCCGGUGCUCUCCUCCGCAACCCUUUGCUGGGCUCGCUCAAGGACCCCCCUGGCCGCCUCAAGAAGUUCCACUUCCCGGUGUCAGCAGCCUCCCCAGGAGACUCCCCCUGUGACACCCCCUCCAAGCCACACCCCGGUGUGGACAGCCCUCUGCUGGCCGCCUUCCGGGCCCAUCACAUGACCUCCACACCGGUGCGAGCCGGUCCCAGCCAGCAGGCCCCCAGCAGCAGUCCGCACCCGUGCCCCAGUGGCCUGGCCUCGUUCCACUUCGGCUCCCUCCCUACCUCCGACUCCCUGUCCUCCAGUAGCUUGCAGCUGCACACACAGCCACGGCAAAAGCUGAAGGCCUCCUGUAGCACGCCACCCACUGUGAGCCUCCCCCACAAGGGGGAAGCGGGGGGGACUCCAGGGGCCACCGCCGCGGCCCUCACACCCCACAUCAGCCCCCUGGCCUCCAGCUCCGCCAGCCCCAGCAUGUGCCAGACGCAGGCCCCCGCCUCUACACCCACACAGGCAGGAUCCCAGCAGCACCUCACAGGUAGGACUUCUAGCAGCCUGAAUCUGUUCCACACCCCUUCCUCCGACUCUCUGUCAUCCUGCCGGAGUCAGCACACGCUGCCCCCUGGGGGGUCGCCACUGUCACUGGUGCAGGAGAGCCUGGCUGGCCUGCAGUCCGGCUGCCUUCCCCAACUUCACCAGGAGCGAUCGGCGCUAGCCUCCCUAGCCCAGUAUGGCUCCGGCAAUGCCUCCCCCUGCUACACCCCGCUGGCCCCCAGCCCCACAGUCCAAAGCCCUGUGACCGGAAGGACGUUUCACUACAGCGACCCCUCAAGUGCCACUGGGUCCCAUAGCUCUCUUCUCCUGCCACAAAUCUCCUGCCCACCACCGCUGUCCAGUUUGCCCCGAGCCGGCACGGAACCGGAGUCGGAGUCGCUGCUGAGCUUCUUCUCCCCAGAAGCAAAAAUGGUAUCGACCUCACACCCUUCCCUGCCCCAGGAGGUGGGCCGGGCCGCGAACCGCUCCCCCAGGCUGCCCUCCCAGGAGUCAGACCCUUGCUUUACUCCCUUUUCCUCCCCAGUGCUGUCCAGCAGGCCCUGCAGCUCCAUCUCGGGGAACGUGCCGCUCGUCAGACAGACGUCCCCCGGACCUAUACCUCAGACUCAUUCCCCAGGGACAUCCCCCGCCCUGCCGCCACGACGGGGACACACAUCCGAACUCGAGCCCAUCCGCUCCAAACUGCCCUCCAAUUUGUGAGGUUGGAUCACACCCUCCUGUGGACCCUAGACUAGAAAAAUAAUCUCUGAGCGAUGUUUAUU